AUGGAAUCGGUGCGUAAGGCGAAGCAACGUUUGCGCAACUAUCCAAUAUUGUUAGGAAAAUGUGCCGAAUCGGCCACAGUGUAUGCAGCUUGUGUAACGAGGGAUUUGAAUGUUCAACACAAAACCUGUGACAAAGAGUUUCAAUUAUUUAAAGAUUGUUUGAAAUCGGCUGCCAAAGAAAUGAAAACUAAAUUAUAA